AUGCUCUGGAUGAAGCGAUUCCUACAAGAACUAGGACAAGAGCAGCAUAAAUACAUUUUGCAUUGUGAUAGUCAGAGUGCAAUCCACUUGAGCAAGAAUCCGAGUUUUCACUCAAGGUCGAAGCACAUUGAUGUGCGAUAUCACUGGAUACGUGAUGUGUUGGAGUCAAAGCAAUUACAGCUUGAGAAAAUCCAUACUGAUGACAAUAGUUCAGAUAUGAUGACCAAGUCCUUACCUAAGGACAAGUACGAAUUUUGCAGAAGAACAGCUGGACUGCUGGAGCCCUCCACCUAA